AAAGCAAAGAAUGUUCAAAACAGUUUCUAAAAAAGAAGUCUCUUUCUUCAACAUCCCAAAAGUCCAACCAAAAACAGAGACAAAGAGAGAGAGAGAGAGAAAAAACAGAGAGACUUCAUCACAAUAAUGGAUCAUCAUCUCCAACCUUGACAACCACCAAAACCCCUCUCUCUUUCCUCCCCAGAAACCUCUCAAAACUGAUCAAAUGACUCAAAAACCCUUCAUCUCCCUCUCAUCUCUCCUCCUCCUCUGUUUUUGCGUUGACUUGGGUCAACCCUUCAAAGUCCCUUUCAGCGUCAACGAUGUUCUCCCCUUGCUUCCUCGCCAAGUCUCCUGGCCCGUCCUCAACAGCUUCCACAGCGCCGUGGAUCUCUUACCCGUCUUCAUCGGAUCCAUUACUCCGAACAACAACGCGUCUCUUGAGUGGAAAGGCGCUUGCUUUCACGGCAACGAGGCUCGUCUCGAUAUCACUCGUAGCGAUCGCAACGUGUCUGGACUCGGAGGCGGCCUUCUUCAUCUCAAAACAUCUGAGGCACAUAGCUUGACAUGUAUGGACCUAUACGUCUUUGCAACGCCGUAUAGGAUCACUUGGGACUACUACUUCUCUGCUAGAGAUCAUACAUUAAGCUUUGAUUCAUGGGAAGAGACAGCUGAGUUGGACUAUGUGAAGGAGCAUGGUGUUUCAGUGUUUCUAAUGCCAUCAGGAAUGCUAGGGACGUUGCUUUCUUUAAUCGAUGUGUUACCUCUCUUCUCCAACACGGGUUGGGGACAGAACGCGAACUUGGCUUUCUUGAGUAAACACAUGGGUGCUACGUUUGAGAAACGGCCUCAGCCUUGGAGGUCUGUGAUCAACCCUGAAGAUGUGCAUUCUGGUGAUUUCUUGGCUGUGUCUAAGAUUAGAGGAAGGUGGGGUGGGUUUGAGACUUUGGAGAAAUGGGUGACUGGUGCUUUUGCUGGUCAUACUGCUGUUUGUUUGAAGGAUGAUUUGGGGAGACUUUGGGUUGGUGAAUCAGGUCAUGAGAACGAGAAAGGUGAAGAGAUCAUUGUUGUGAUUCCUUGGGAUGAAUGGUGGGCUUUAACGUUGAAGGAUGAUUCAAAUCCACAAGUAGCUUUGCUUCCUUUACUUCCUGAUGUUCGAGAGAAGUUUAAUAACACUGCUGCGUGGGAGUAUGCACGGAGCAUGUUGGGGAAGCCUUAUGGAUAUCACAACAUGAUCUUUAGCUGGAUUGAUACUUUAGCUGAUAACUACCCACCUCCCCUUGAUGCUCACUUGGUUAUUUCUGUCAUGUCUAUGUGGACUCGUGUACAACCUGCAUAUGCUGCAAAUAUGUGGAACGAGGCACUCAAUAAACGGCUUGGUACUGAGGAUCUUGAUUUGUAUGGGAUUCUUGAAGAAACAGCGAGGCGUGGAAUGUCGUUUGAUGAGUUACUGACCAUCCCUGAAAAGGAUGAGUGGGUUUAUAGCGAUGGGAAGUCAACGACAUGUGUUGCUUUCAUACUUGCAAUGUAUAAAGCUGCUGGUGUGUUUGGUCCUCUUGCUGAUCACAUUCAAGUCACUGAGUUCACUAUCCGAGAUGCUUAUACUCUGAGGCUGUUUGAAGAUAAUCAGACAAGGCUACCGAGUUGGUGUAACACGGAGAAAGGGAAGCUUGAGUUCUGUCAGAUUCUAGGUGAAUACAGAAUGGAGUUGCCUGGGUAUAGCACCAUUGAUCCUUAUGCAAACAUGAAUGAGAACUGUCCGUCUUUGCCUCCUGAUUAUGAGAGGCCUUCUAAAUGUUAGAAAAAAAAAGAAACUAAUCAAAACAUGUUUGUCUCUCUGUCUCGCUGUUUGUGUUUCUCUGCUUUGUGUUUGUUUGUUUACUACUAAGCUUUUACCAUUUUAGUUAUUAGGGAAAGAGAACCAACUUAGAUAACAACCUUUAUGUGAAUAUAUAUAUGAUGAAGUUUUAUUUUAUCAAAUCUAAUGUUUAAGCG